AAAACAUCACCAACCACGGAGAGCCUGUAAAUUCCUCUAACCAGAAGGGCUCUCCCCGCCCCCUCUCCCCGCGCUGCCUGCUCUGCCCUCCGCCUCCUCCUCUCCGCCCACUCUCCUGGCGGCGGCGGCUUUGUCUCGUGGGCUGGUCCCCGGCGGCUCCCUCCCCCGAACAGCUGCCGCCGAGGGAGGAAGCGGCGCGGGAGCUGUCCAGCACCCCGGUGCUGAAACCCCGACCGCGAGCCAUCCACCAACACCAUGUAAGGGCCAUGAAAAGGGCUCGUCCUGGCGCAGCGCGGACAUGGAGGAGGACUUAUUCCAGCUAAGGCAGCUGCCGGUGGUGAAAUUCCGUCGCACGGGCGAGAGUGCCAGGUCAGAGGAUGACACGGCUUCGGGAGAGCAUGAGGUCCAGAUUGAAGGGGUCCGCACGGGCCUAGAGGCUGUCGAGCUGGACGAUGGGGCAGCUGUGCCCAAGGAGUUUGCCAAUCCCACUGACGAUACUUUCAUGGUGGAAGACGCGGUAGAAGCCAUUGGGUUUGGAAAAUUUCAAUGGAAGCUGUCGGUGCUCACGGGCUUGGCCUGGAUGGCCGACGCCAUGGAAAUGAUGAUCCUGAGUAUCCUGGCUCCCCAGCUGCACUGCGAGUGGAGACUCCCCAGCUGGCAGGUUGCGUUGCUGACCUCGGUAGUCUUUGUGGGCAUGAUGUCCAGUUCCACCCUCUGGGGAAACAUCUCAGACCAGUACGGCCGGAAAACAGGGCUGAAGAUCAGCGUGCUCUGGACCCUCUAUUACGGCGUCCUCAGUGCUUUCGCCCCCGUGUACAGCUGGAUCCUGGUGCUCCGGGGCCUGGUGGGCUUCGGGAUCGGAGGGGUCCCCCAGUCGGUGACGCUGUACGCGGAGUUCCUUCCCAUGAAGGCCAGAGCUAAGUGUAUCUUGCUGAUAGAGGUCUUCUGGGCCAUCGGGACAGUGUUCGAGGUGAUCCUGGCCGUGUUUGUGAUGCCCAGCCUGGGCUGGCGCUGGCUGCUCAUCCUCUCGGCCGUCCCGUUGCUCCUCUUUGCGGUUCUGUGUUUUUGGCUGCCGGAGAGCGCAAGGUAUGAUGUGCUGUCCGGGAAUCAGGAGAAGGCCAUCGCCACCUUAAAGAGGAUAGCGACAGAAAACGGAGCCCCCAUGCCGCUGGGGAAACUCAUCAUCUCCAGACAGGAAGACCGAGGCAGAAUGAGGGACCUUUUCACGCCCCAUUUUAGGUGGACAACCUUGUUGCUGUGGUUUAUAUGGUUUUCCAAUGCGUUUUCUUACUAUGGAUUAGUUCUGCUCACCACUGAGCUCUUUCAGGCAGGAGAUGUCUGCAGCAUCUCUAGCCAGAAGAAGGCGGUAGAAGCAAAAUGCAGCCUGGCCUGUGAGUACCUGAGUGAGGAGGAUUACAUGGAUCUGCUGUGGACCACGCUCUCUGAGUUUCCAGGUGUCCUUGUGACUCUGUGGAUUAUUGACCGCCUGGGCCGCAAGAAGACCAUGGCCCUGUGCUUCGUCAUCUUCUCCCUGUGCAGCCUCCUGCUGUUUAUCUGUGUCGGAAGAAAUAUGCUCACUCUGUUACUCUUCAUUGCAAGAGCGUUUAUUUCUGGAGGCUUCCAGGCAGCCUAUGUUUACACACCUGAGGUCUACCCCACGGCAACUCGAGCGCUCGGCCUGGGCACCUGCAGUGGCAUGGCGAGAGUGGGUGCUCUCAUUACUCCGUUCAUUGCUCAGGUCAUGCUGGAAUCUUCCGUGUACCUGACGCUGGCAGUUUACAGUGGCUGCUGCCUCCUGGCCGCCCUGGCCUCCUGCUUUUUGCCCAUCGAGACCAAAGGCCGCGGACUGCAGGAGUCCAGCCACCGGGAGUGGGGCCAGGAGAUGGUCGGUCGAGGGGCGCACGGCACAGGCAUCACCAGGUCGAACUCUGGCUCUCAGGAGUAGUGACCGAUGCAGGGCUGAGCUGGUCUUUGGGGCUGUAGAAGGCAGGGAGCUGGUGGAACCCAGGUGGGGCACCGACCGUCACUGCCGACAUCCAGAACUUACCCGGGGGGGACAACCUGGACCAGCAGGGUUUUGUGUCUUGACUCUGUUUGCUCGUAUUCAUCGAGAUCCACCUGGGAAUGGGGAGGCAUUUGCUCUGGGGGGUUCUCUGUGUGUGGGGGGGGGAGGUUUGUCAAUAACCUGUGGACCUGCACGGGAGAACGGCCACAUGAGGAGUGGCCGGUGUCCCCGAAGGCCAACCGGGCGCCACCCGGAGUCAGCCAGUCGCACCCUUGGUGAACAAUAGCCAACAAAUCUCUGUAGAUACAGUCCAGGCCCAGAGCCCCGUUAAGACCUGCCACCCAGGGAGUCAGCACCUGCCAUCCACCAACAGUACCUGUUCAGUAGGUUCUCCUACACCCCCAGCCCCAGGCUUUCUUCUCUGAAAUCGCGGGCGACCCAGAUGUGGCUUGAACAGCUUUUUCCUGGGUCUGAGAGGCGCCCUCUCAGAAGGGGCUCCUCGGUUUGCCUCCCCAUGGCCUGCCCAGUGGACACUCUGGCAGAUGGACGUGCAUUUGAACUUGAGCCACGUGUCCCCUCCUGGCCCCUCUGGGGCUGCCCUCCCUGACUCCAGGGGAUGCACAUGACCAAGGGGACAGCCGGGCUUACCCCAGAUGACACCCCCAGAAAGCUGUCGUCCUCUCCCGCCCCCAGGAAUUG